AUGGACCACGAGAGCAUCGGCCCCAAGGCGGAGAGGUAUCCGUCCCCUCCAUCCUCGGGGGAUGAAAAGGGAUCGAUCGAUAGCGAUGCAGCCAAGCUGGCGGCCAUGGGGUACACCCAGGACAUGACCCGCAAGUUCUCGGUGCUUUCCUUGCUUGCCGUUGGCUUCUCCCUUACCAACUCGUGGUUUGGUAUCUCUGCCUCACUGGUUACGGGUAUCAACUCAGGGGGUGCGGUGCUGACCAUCUAUGGCAUACCAUGGAUCGCAUUCAUCUCGACCUGUGUUGCCAUCACCCUCUCUGAGCUCGCUAGUGCUAUGCCCAAUGCUGGAGGACAGUACUUCUGGGCAAAUGAGCUGGCUCCCAAGAAGUAUGCUAAUUUUGCAUCGUACCUGACCGGCUGGUUUGCCUGGGCCGGGAGCAUCUUCACAUCUGCCAGUGUUGCUCUGGGACUCGGUGCGGCCGCGGUUGGUAUGUGGCAGAUGGGCCAUCCUGACUUAGAGGCUGACUACCAUACUAAUAGCGUCCCUCAGCCAUGGCAUACUGUCGUUGCCUACCAGGUGAUAAACGGGUUUGCAUUUCUGUUCAACUGCGUCGGAAGACUCCUCCCCAAGAUCGCCACUGUUACGCUCUAUACCUCCUUGAUCUCCUUUAUCACGAUCCUCAUUACUGUUCCCGCCAAAGCGCCCACACACCAGUCAGCCAAGUUCGUCUUUGCGACAUUCAUUAAUUCCACAGGUUGGAAGCAGGAUGGUAUUGCGUAUCUGGUUGGUCUAAUCAAUACCAACUGGGUGUUUGCGUGUCUUGAUGCCGCAACGCAUAUGGCCGAAGAAGUCGCUGCCCCUGAACGAUCUAUCCCCAUCGCUAUAAUGGGAACAGUCGCAAUCGGCUUUGUCACUGCAUGGUUCUAUGUGAUUUCUAUGUUCUUUAGUCUGAACGACUUCAACACCGUGGUCAAAUCCCCGACUGGCGUGCCCAUCCUCGAACUCUACUUCCAGGCCCUCGGCAGUAAAGCCGGCGCCAUUGUCCUCGAAUCUCUCGUCCUGGCCACUGGAAUUGGUUGCCAGAUCGCUUCUCAUACAUGGCAGUCUCGCUUAUGUUGGUCCUUUGCCCGCGAUCGCGGCCUCCCUUUCCAUACCACCCUGGGCCUGAAUAAGAUCAACCCCAAACUUGAUGUACCCCUAGCGGCUCAUGCAUUCAGUUGCACCAUUGUUGGCCUUUUGGGGCUCUUGUUCCUUGGUUCCUCAACUGCAUUCAACAGCAUGGUCACCGCAUGCAUCGUGCUGUUGUACGUGUCAUACGUCAUCCCGGUUGUCUGUCUUCUUAUCAAGGGACGGAACAAUAUUCAGCAUGGGCCCUUCUGGCUAGGCAAUUUUGGUCUUGCUGCCAAUAUCAUCCUGCUCUGUUGGACUCUAUUUACUCUCAUUAUGUAUUCGUUCCCUUCAGUCUAUCCUGUCACUGCCGGAACUAUGAACUACGUAUCUGUCGUCUACUUUGUUGUCAUUAUGAUCAUCGUUGCCGACUGGUUCCUUCGAGGAAAGCGAGAGUACCGUGGACAAACCGCCCGCCACGAAGAUGCAGAAGUCCUCCAUCGACGCAGCAGUGUUGUACAUAAGUAG